AAGGGGCUGUUUCCUGCGGCUCACAUGUACACAGUAUCAAACUAGACGAUGGCUUCCUCAAAGAGCAAUGAUUCCACAAACAGUGGCCUUCAAGACACAAAUUCAGACACCAACGACGAGGAAAGAGACGACCUGUGUCCCGGUUUUAAAGAUGUGGACGCCUUUGUUAAAUAUGGAUUUGGUGCUGUGUUAUCCGCCACCAAAGCAUCCGCCGCCUUGCCUCAAGCAGGGGAUGAAUAUGAUUUCUAUAGGAGCUUCCCGGGAUUCCAGGAGUUCUGUGAAAGUCAAGGAGAUAAGCUCUUGCACUGCAUGAGUCAGUUAAUGCAGCACCACGGCUGCAGAUCUCACAUGAGGGACCGGAACAAGCUGACAGGGCUGGAGGAGAGGUUUGACUUGGUUGUUGACUCGAACGACGUCAUCCUCGAGAGAGUGGGGAUUCUUCUUGAUGAAGCUGACGGGGUGAACCGGAGCCAGCAGCCUGUCAUGCCUGCAGGGUUUCAGCCUCCCAAGAUUGUCGUUUCCAGCUGGAAUCGCAAGGGUUCAGGCUCUGGCAGUCGUUCUGAGAUGUUCCGACUGCUCCACGCCAAGAAUGUUGCGCGGCCGCAGCUGAAAUUCAAGGAAAAGGUCGACAACAGCAACACACCAUUUAUCCCCAAGAUCUUCAUCAAGCCCAAUGCCAUAAAGCCUCUUCCUUCUUAUUUCACCAACAAACAGAUCCGUAAGGAAAGACCUGAGGACCUUGAUGUACCAGCUGCCUUGGCUGAUUUCAUUCACCAGCAGAGAACGCAGGAACAUGUAGAAGACAUGUUUGCACACCCAUACCAAUAUGAAUUGGAUCACCUUACAAUACCAGAAAUGCUUCUGUCUAAGCCAGAACCACAGAUGUACAAACCAAUGGCAGAGACCAACCUGUCCUUCAUUGAUGCACUAGAGGAUCUGGUAGCUCUGAAUGAGAAGCUGUGCAAAUUGUCUGAAUUUGCAGUGGACCUUGAGCACCAUUCCUACAGGAGUUUCCUCGGACUCACCUGUCUGAUGCAGAUCUCCACCAGAGAAGAGGACUUCAUUAUCGACACCUUAGAGCUACGCAACGAGAUGUACGUCCUGAAUGAGGCGUUCACUGACCCGUCUAUUGUCAAGGUAUUUCACGGCUCCGACUCUGACAUCGAGUGGCUCCAGAGGGACUUCGGCUUGUAUGUCGUCAACCUUUUUGACACACACCAGGCCAGCCGAGCUCUGAACCUGGCCAGACAUUCCCUCGACCACCUGCUCAAACACUUCUGCAACGUGGACUCGGACAAACGCUACCAGCUGGCUGACUGGAGGAUUCGCCCCUUGCCUGAUGAGAUGGUGCAGUAUGCCCGCACAGACACCCACUACCUCCUUUACAUCUACGACUGUGUGAGGGUGCAGCUGUUGGACUUUAACCACGGGCAGCCUGGCCUGCUGCAGAAUGUCUGGAACAAGAGCAAAGACAUUUCCCUGAAGAAAUAUGUGAAGCCCAUAUACACAGAGGAGUCCUAUUUGGAGCUGCAGAGGAAGCAGAAAAGGUCUUUUAACACCCAGCAGCUCACUGCCUUCAGACUGCUGUUUGCCUGGAGGGACAAGCUGGCCAGGCAGGAAGAUGAAAGCACCGGAUAUGUCCUGCCUACGCAUAUGAUGAUCAAGAUAUCUGAGGAGCUGCCAAAAGAGCCCCAGGGCAUCAUUGCCUGCUGUAACCCUGUACCCCCGCUUGUGAGGCAGCAGGUCAAUGAGCUCCAUUUGUUAGUGCAGCAAGCGAGAGAAAUGCCUCUCCUUAAGGCUGAGAUUGCAGCACAAAAGAAGAAGGGACUCACACCCAUAAAAAAGCUGGAGGUCACCUUGUUUGGUCCACAUGAUACAUCCAGGGUGUCUGAGAGCGAUCUCCCGCCCAUUUCUCCUGACGAGCUGCCUGUUAAACAAGGGAUCCUCUUCUCAGAUGAGGAUCACAAAAUGGACGUUGAUGUACAGAAAGCAAGUGCUAUCACGGCAUCAGCUAAAAUCACACUGUUUGAGGAGACAGAAACACAGACUGACCAAGAGUCCCUCAAUGUGGCUCAAAUGAAAGCCAGGCGUAUCAUUGAGUCUUUUGAAAACCCUUUCAGAAUGUAUUUACCCUCCAGCGAUGUGCACGUUAACAAGAAUGCCAAGUUUGACCCAUCUUCAAAAAUAUUUGAGAUUAGUAAAAGAUGGAAACUGCAGAGUAUUGAGCAGCAACAGAAGGAGCUGGAGGCCAAGAGGAAAGCAAAGGAAGAAGCAAAGGAACACAAAAAGAAAGUGGCAGAGGAAAGAAACAAGGUGAAACAGAGCUACCAGGAGUCUCUCCAGAACGUUGCCACUGUCCGCCAGCAAGCAGCGGAAGCUGCAAAAGGCGGCGGAAAGAAAAGAGAGAGGGCCGCCAGUGAGGUUGGAGAGUCGACUCCCAAACCGAGUAAGAAGCUGAUGAAAUCUGCAGAGACGCCCCAGAAGACAGAACCGCCUCCUCAAGAGACCUUCAAGCCGUUUGACUACACUCAGACAGACCUCAAAGUCUUUGCUGGUACCAAACCAAAGGACAACACACAGUUUGAUCCAAACCGGCAGGCCCAUGAUUUUAAGAAAAAGAAAACUCCCAAGGGACAAAAAUCUAAUUUUGGAGCUGGAAACCGAAGUAUGUCGUACAUGUCUGGAAAAUCCGAUAGAGGAUUCCGGCAUAACUGGCCCAAAAGAUAAACUCUCUUUAAUGGCGUUUUCUUUAUUAUUUUAACACUUUUUUUUUUCAUCCUGCAGAAACAAUGUUACCAAUUUUUUCAUCCAUACAAGUGAAAUUCAGUAUUUCAAUAUUUAAUGAAUUUCAAUGUGUAUUUUUUUCCAUCUGUGGUACAGUUUACCCUGUAAAUAUGUGGAAGCACAGACCUCUUUAUUAAAGGUGAUUUUAGAGGAAAA